GCUUCCCCUUCCCGUCCCGUCCCGUCCCCUCCCGCCGGCCCCGCCAUGUACCCCGUGUUCCAAAGCACCAGCCGCGACUUCACUUUCGGGCCCUGGAGACUCAACGCCGCCCGGACCCACAUCAUGAAAUCGGCCCAGGCCGAGAGGUAUUCAGGACUCUUGUUGUGGACUGUUCAACUCAGGUUUCCUUACAAAUGGACCACUCGCCUGGUCACAUGUGGCAACAAUUUCUGUUUCUAUAAAGCAGUGGGGGAAACUGCUUCCUUCAGACCGGACUAAAGUUUGUUUGAAACUUGCACGUUAAAAUUAGCUGAUGAAUUGCACAUGCCUUCCCUCCCAGAAAUGAUGUUUGGAGACAACAUCCUAAGAAUUCAGCAUGAUUAUGGCUUUGGAAUUGAGUUCAAUGCAACAGAUGCUUUAAAAUGUGUAAAUAACUAUCAAGGUAUGAUUAAAGUGGCCUGUGCAGAGGAAUGGCAAGAGAGCAGGACUGAGGCUGAACACACAAAAGACGUAGUUAAACCAUAUGAUUGGACCUAUACGACAGACUACAAAGGAACAUUAUUAGGAGAAACUGUAAAGUUAAAAGUUGUACCUACAACUGAUCACAUUGAUACAGAGAAAUUGAAAGCCCGGGAACAGAUUAUGUUUUUUGAAGAGGUUCUGCUGUUUGAAGAUGAGCUUCAUGAUCAUGGCGUUUCAAGCCUGAGUGUAAAAAUAAGAGUAAUGCCUUCCAGCUUCUUUGUAUUGUUGAGGUUUUUCUUGCGCGUUGAUGGUGUUCUUAUCAGGAUGAAUGAUACAAGACUUUACCAUGAGGCUGACAAGCCCUACAUGUUACGGGAAUACACAUCUAAAGAAAGCAAAAUUUCAAGCUUAACGCAUGUUCCACCCUCCCUGUUCACGGAGCCUAAUGAGAUCUCUCAGUAUUUACCUGUAAAGGAGACUGUUUAUGAGAAGCUAGAAUUCCCAGAGAAGUUGGAUCCUGAGCCUACAGCCUCAUCAGAAAGCACAUGCAUGGAAUGUAAAUAAAUGUGACUUUAUGUGGACUUGAAAUGGGCCCUCUUCUGGAGAUCAUAUGAUCACUUGACCGUUACUACUGGCGUAGUUUCACUAUUUUUGGGCUAAAGAUCAUUUGUUUGGCUAAUUUUUUUGUAGCCUUAAGGGGGCAAAAAGCUCAUUUCAGACAAGUUUCACUAAUGUGUAUAUUGUUCUUUUUUUUUUUUUUAAUUAUUAUUUCAAACCCCUGUCUGGAAUUAAAGAUAGACUGGUAACAAACAGGAGAAUUGCCUUGGAAAAUAAACUCCUCCCAUGAAUAACAGUUUUUGUUCUGUUUUGAGCAUUUGGCAUUGCCUACAUCCGCAACCACUAGCACCCUGGAUCAAGAAUUUUGGCUCUUGGUACAGAGAAGCUAGUGUAAUUCACAAACCUGAGCAGCUUUUAUUAACUGUAUGUAGAAUUUGUCUACAAUAAAAGGUUUUGUUUCCUA